CGUCAUCAUGAAGAGGAAAGAACUCUAUGACCUAGUCAGUGCAUCAGAGCCGCUCAGUACGAAGGAACUGGAGCCUUCGUUAAAUCACAACAAGAACGGCAAGGCUGGGGCCGUCACAGAUAACUCCGUUAGGCUGAAGAAGGAGCUAGGUCUGGCCGAGAGUGUGGCUGUGAUCGUGGGCAUUGUAGUGGGUUCCGGGAUCUUCGUCUCCCCGAAGGGGGUACUGAUGUACAGUGGUAGCGUGGGGAUGUCUCUGGCAGUGUGGGUCGCCUGUGGCCUCCUCUCUAUGGUUGGCGCCCUCUGCUUCGCCGAAUUAGGCACGAUGAUACCAGAGAGUGGGGGUAUGUAUACUUACUUGCACCGAGCCUUUGGUCCAGUCUUCGCCUUCUUGUAUAUGUGGGUCACUAUCCUCACCAGAAACUCUGCCGGGACUGCCGUCAUAGCUGUCACUUUCUCUAACUACUUCCUACAGCUGGUUCUCCCUAACUGUGAGUCGGUGCCUGCUAUACCAGCUAGACUCCUUGCUGCGGCAUUAAUAAGUUUUUUGACGUGGCUCAACUGCGUGAACGUGCGCUGGGUGGCAAAGCUGCAGAAUGUCUCUACGCUGACAAAGGUGUUGGCUCUGGGCGUCAUCAUCGUGGCUGGGCUCUACCACCUAGGCACUGGACACCUUGAGAACUACCGAGCGCCCAUGGCUGGCACCCACUGGGACGCUGUCGCUAUCUCCACGGCCUUCUACCAGAGCCUUUUCUCUUACACUGGCUGGGACUACUUGAAUGUCGUCACUGAGGAAAUCAAGAACCCCAACAGGAAUUUGCCUCUGUCCAUCAUCCUCUCCACCACGAUCAUCACCAUCGUCUACACUCUCACCAAUGUCUCCUACUUCGCUGUUCUAACUCCGACUGAGAUGCUCGCCUCCAGUGCUGUGGCUAUGACGUUCGCAGCACGGAUGUUAAGCUUGUUGGCCUGGACGAUGCCUGUCUUCGUCAUGUUCUCUACAUUCGGCAGCACACAUGCUUCCGUCUUCACACAGACAAGACUCAUCUUCGUCGGGGCGAGGAGGGGCCAGUUCCCGCAGGUUUUCUCUUUAGUCAGUGUAAAGAACUUCACACCUGCUCCAGCUGCUAUAUUCAACGGACUGACAAUCUUGAUUAUGCUGCUGGUGCCGGAUGUCUCCUCCCUCAUCAACUACACCGCCUUCAGCGCCACCGCCAUGCAGUUCGCCUGCAUUUGUGCACUCUUCCGGUUCAGAUAUAAAAACCCACAAUGGAAGAGACCGUUCAAGGUGUGGCUGGUGCUUCCCGUAGUCUUCGCGUUAACGCAGCUCUUCCUGAUGUUAAUCCCUAUCAUCAUGGCCCCGUCGGAGGUAGCGGGAGCUGUUGGAGUCAUCAUCACUGGCCUACCAGUAUACUACCUCACCAUACAUCGGCGGGAUCUAGCUCGCUGGUGCUCAGGAAGUCUAGACAAGCUGACUAUCGUUUUUCAGAAAGUGUUUUUCUGCUUGCCUGAGGAGAAGGAAGAGCAAGAAAAAUAAACAUCGCAAAAUCGACACGGAUAUUUUCCAUUUAGCAUACGUAAAAAAAAAAGGAAAACAUUAUUUUUGUUGAAUUUGUCUUUACUGUUUAACAUAAAAUGUUUAUUGUUAAUAA